AUGUAUUCAGAUGCAAAUACCGUCUACAUCACUCGGGAUUCACAAGUCUACCAAGCUGCGCCCACCACCCUUCCCUCGCGCCAGAAAGAGUGGAUCGGAUCUUCUCCAGGGACGUGGAAAAGCGAGGAGAUGGAAAUGACAAGUACAAGUCUCAAGUUGCAGCUGAUAUCAUAA